GCCGCCUGGAAUGCCGGGAGUUGUAGUUUGUUGGGGAAGGCGGAAAUUCUGUCCCCAGUUUGAGGUGAUGGAGCCGGGCGGGUGACCGGAGCUCAGUGUGUGCAGCAGGCGGGAGCCAGGGACCCGAGUACCGGGUCUGGCAGUCCUCACUAAUGUCUUAUGAAGCGGUGCUGGAAUGUAAAGAGUCUAUGAACCCCCUGCGGAUCAGUGUGGGUGGUCUCCCUGUCCUGGCAUCCAUGACAAAGACAGCAGAUCCCCGUUUCCGACCGCGAUGGCGUGCUAUUGUACUGUUUGGUGUUGGCCUGGCACUGAUCUUCUUGCUGCUCUGCUUUCACCGCUCCUCGACUCCACGAGCCUCACUACCUCCAAACAAUCACAACUGGAGGAUGGUGGAGCCCAUGACUGGACUGGUCUACAAUGACACCUACCCACUGACCCUUCCCCAGAAAACUGCCGAAGGCCUCCGCUACCAGAUUGCUCUCAUUGCAGACUUGGACACAGAUUCUCGAAGCUCCAAAGACAACACUUGGUUCAGCUACCUGAAGAGGGGUCAUUUGACGUUGUUUAAUACUGGGGACCAAGUGACCGUUGAAUGGGAAAAAGAAGAUAUCAAGUUGGAGACUCACCUGGCAGAGAAAGGACGUGGGAUGGAACUGUCCGAGUUGAUCGUUUUUAACGGGAAGUUGUACACCGUGGAUGAUCGAACAGGAGUUGUUUACAGAGUGGAAGGCAACAGGGCCGUGCCUUGGGUCAUACUGACUGAUGGUGAUGGAAGUGUGGAUAAGGGGUUUAAGGCGGAGUGGCUAGCGGUGAGAGACGAGCAGCUGUAUGUUGGAGGGCUGGGGAAGGAGUGGACCACCACAUCGGGACAGGUGCUGAACGAAAAUCCAGAGUGGGUGAAAGUGAUCGGGCCACGGGGUGAUGUCCAGCAUUACAGCUGGGUGUCCAACUACAACACACUGCGUGCUGCCGCUGGCAUUCAGCCUCCAGGAUACCUUAUCCACGAGUCUGCUGCUUGGAGUGACACUUUGCAGAGCUGGUUCUUCCUGCCACGGCGAGCCAGCCACGAGCGUUACAGCGAGAAAGAGGAUGAGCAGAGAGGCUCAAACAUCUUACUCCGUGCCACUCGGGACUUUUCUGAUGUCUCUAUGUCCCACGUAGGGCCACUGGUCCCCACUCAUGGCUUUUCAUCCUUUAAAUUCAUCCCAGGCACAGAUGACCAGAUCAUCGUGGCUCUCAAAUCCGAGGAGGACGGUGGCAAGGUGGCCACUUACAUAACGGUCUUUUUCCUGGAUGGUCGAGUCUUAUUACCGGAGACUAAAAUCGGAAGCGUUAAAUAUGAAGGAAUUGAAUUUAUCUAAAUCAUCUUUGUGACUUUUAAUUCUGCUGCUUCUCUUGUCCACAGACAUUUUUGGGGGGUGUUGCUAAAUAUUAAGGGGAUUCUUUUCUUAUCAGAUUUUGUAAUAAAUUACUUAAAUCCUCAAACCUAAACUGAAUCAGUAACAUGCCCCUAGUUAAGGGAAUUAUAUUAUUUAUUCGUUGAUGAUAUUUAUAUUUGGGGACGAAAAUCAUUGGAGAAAAACACUUUACGGAUCUUCCACAAUACCUUGAGCCUUUGUAACCCCAAAUCAAUAUGUCUGAGGUCGAUGACUCUGGAAUCUUUUUAUUAAACUGUGUUUUUAAAA